AUGCAGGGUGACAAUGAAUGUGAAAAUGCUGGUGGGAAUUGUGUGAGCAAAGAGGAAUGUGAAGUUAACCAUCUGCAGGAGGCUGCCAGGAGGAAAAUGAAGUCUGCUGCAGUACUCCUUCAAGAAGUAGAACUUUCUUGUGAUUUACUUGCAGGCAAGCCUAGUGGUUGUGGUGGUGACGGUCCAGCAGGUCCAUCUGGUUCUCCAGGUAAAAGUGGUCGUCCAGGUAAACCUGGUCCUGCAGGCCAACCUGGUCAUGACGGAACUCCUGGCCUUCCCGGUUCUCCUGGCCCUACUGGUAAUCGUGGCCCUGCCGGUUUACCUGGCCCAGAUGGUGCUCCUUGCGUUGCAGGACCUGCUGGUCCUGUAGGUCCUGCAGGCCCUCCAGGUCCUGCAGGUCCCACUGGUUCCCCAGGUUCUAAAGGUGUUCCUGGAGAUAAAGGCCCUGCAGGCGGGGUAGGUGGUAAAGGAGCUGUAGGUGAUAAAGGUAUACCAGGGGAUACAGGUCCUGCAGGUCGGAUAGGUCCUACAGGCCCUGCAGGUCCUAAAGGUACUGCAGGUCCUGCAGGUCUUCCACGUUCUAAAGGUAUGCAAGGAGAAACAGGACCUGUAGGUCCUGCAGGUGCUAAAGGUAUGACAGGUAAUACAGGUCCAACAAGCCCUACAGGCCCUAAAGGUCCUGUUCGUAAUAAAUGCAUGACGGGAGAUAAGGGCAUGAAAGGGGAUAAUGGUGGUAAAGGCAUGCAAGGGGAUAAAGAUGAUAAAGGUGGUGUAGGUGAUAAAGGUGGCGUAGGUGACAAAGGUGGUGUAGGUGAUAAAGUUGGCGUAGGUGGUAAAGGUGGUGUAGGUGGCAAAGGUGGUGUAGGUGAUAAAAGUGGCGGUGAUGAUGGUGAUAAAGGUGGUGUAGGGAAUAAAGGUGGUGUAGGUGAUAAAGGUGGCGAUGCAGUGAAGGGUGUACCACUUGCCAAGAAAGUUGACCUACUGCUGCUAGGAAUAGACCAAUUCUAUGAAAAGUUGUCUCAACAGGAGCAUGUUGAAGCGGGCUCAUGA